AUGGCUUCACGACGCUCAUCCCGCACCACCCCCUCCCGUUCAGUGAGCUCCGGCAGCCUUUCCACCCGCCGCAGCACCGCCACUGCUACCCUGUCUCCCGCCGAGAAAGAGAAAGCUACGCAGAUCAGCGCCGCAUGCCACAGUCGCAACCUUGAAGCGCUUGUGCAUCUUGCGACCAGCACCCACGGCCUGCUCAGCGACGAUUUGCGCCGUGCAGCAUGGCCAAUCCUUCUCGGCCAUACUCCGGACCAACAAGAGCCGGUCUCGUGGAAAGAAUUACCGGCACAUAGAGACGAAGGUCAGGUGGCAUUAGAUGUCAACCGCGCAUUCGUCUACUACCCAAAAAAUGAAUCAGAAAAGCAACUCGACCGUCUGAAAGAAGAGCUUUCAGACAUCAUCGUCGAGACUAUCCGCCGCCACCCAACCCUAAACUACUUCCAAGGCUACCACGACAUAGUACAAGUCUUCCUGCUCGUACUCGGUCCUCAUGAUGCCCCCGCACCUGUGGCUCGCCUGAGCCUGCUGCGCAUCCGGGACUACAUGCUGUCCACCCUCGACCCUGCUAUAGCGCAACUCAAAUUACUCCUCCCACUGCUCGAAACUGCCGAUCCCCAAUUAUAUGACCACCUGCCCAAAGGUCAACCAUCCUUCGCCCUGGCAGAUGCCCUCACCAUGUUCGCGCACCACAUACAGGAGUACAAGGAUAUUGCAAGGUUAUUCGACUUCUUCCUAGCCCGGCACACGGUCAUGCCGAUAUACUUCUUCGCAGGGGUGGUGCUUUCGAGGCGGGAGGAACUGCUUGAGAUUGACAAAGAAGAUGAGGACAUCAUGCAUGCGAUGCUUGGGAAGCUACCGCAGCCAUUUGAUGUUGAAUUCCACAUUGCCCGCAGUGUUGAGCUGUACGAGCGGCUGCCACCGGAGAAGCUGCGCAGCUGGGAGUGGUGGAAUAUCUCCUCAUCGAGCGUGUUAAAGACAUCUACGACUCCUGCUGCGCUGAGUCGUCUUACGCUAGAAGAUGGCGAGGAAUGGAUGUUGCAACAAGAAAAGGAGAUCCGCUGGCAGCAGACUCGGGCCAAGGCCCAAAAGAACGCCCAGAUCCUCAAACGUAGACUAUGGGUUUACCGCAAACAGGGCGUCUUCGGGCUCGCCAUUGUCGUGGGCGUGUACGCAGUAUGGCUCGGUCGAUCAGGCAACGCCAGUAGACUUCCCGCUUUUGGGCUUUUGAAUGACCUCUUUAGACGAGUCGUGGGUAUUGUACGAUGA